AGGACUUCCUGUCGUUUUUAGAGCGACUGCCGGAAGUGCCUGCGACGAAUCGGCGUUAACAGAGGCUGGCAUAGAUUUGGCUAUCUGCGCUCUUAGCUGCUUUUGGCGCGAAAGAUGCCGGGUCUGGUCGACUCAAACCCUGCCCCGCCUGAGUCUCAGGAGAAGAAGCCGCUGAAGCCCUGCUGCGCCUGCCCGGAGACCAAGAAGGCGCGCGAUGCGUGUAUCAUCGAGAAAGGAGAAGAACACUGUGGACAUCUAAUUGAGGCCCACAAGGAAUGCAUGAGAGCCCUAGGAUUUAAAAUAUGAAACGCCUGGACCCGUAACAAACAGUUUGAAGACCAGGCUGAGUUCAUGACCACACUUGAGAGGCACUGUUGACUCCGCUGACUCCAUAAGCUGUCCCCAGCCUGCCUCACCUGCCUCUUGUCUGCUGCUCCUUUUGAUUCACCCACAACACCACAACAAGGUGUUCUCUGUAUCAGAAUAUGCCACGUAUUUUGUUUUACUUCUGGGAUUGACUUUAUAAUCUGUUCUUUCUUCCUGGAAUGCCCUCCUCUAGCUGGGGAACACCUACUCAUCUUUUUAGACCAGCUUAAAAGUCACCUUCCCUGUGAUGUUUUCUCAUGAAAAAAAUAUUUUUUUUAAGAGAGAGGGGUCUCCCUAUGUUGCCUAGGCUGGUCUCAAACUCCUGGGCACAAGUGAUCUUCCCACCUCAGCUUCCCAAAGUACUAGGAUUACAGACAUGAGCCAUCAUGCCCCCAACCUCAUGCAUUUUAGUUAGGUUAUAGCAGUAUAGUAAAAGUCCCUAUGGAUUGAAUUAUUUGCUCUCUCAUCAGUGUUUUUCCUUUGACUCCUAGGUACACUUAUUUUAUUGGAUAACAGUUUCUCGGUCAGUAUCCCAGAAUAGACUGAAAGUUUAUUGAAGUUAUAAUUGUCUUAUUCAUCUUUAUAUCCCCUGUUCUUGGAACACAUAGUUUGUCCCAAAUAAAUGCCUAUUGAAUUGAAUCAACUCAA